AUGUCAGCCACUACACUCGAGGAGUGGGUUAAACUUGAAUGUCAACCCACAAAUUCUUCGGCCAACGGAGUUCUAACAUGGACAGCUUCUAUCUCGAGAUCGCGAGUUUCUACUGCAGAUGGCCUGGGAUUGAGUGAAAAUGCGGAUUCUGGUGCCAUGAACAGCCUAGAAAGCUUACUUCGCAUAGUACAGCAACUGAAGCUCAAGAGACUUCGCGCAGAAGAAAUCGAAGAACUCCAAUUUGUUGCGGCUGGUGAAACAUUUUCAGUAUCACGAUGUCAUUAUGAAGGGAAAGUGGUCGCCGUCAAGCGCAUUCGAUUGAAUGAAGAAGGGUCAAAUUCCGAUCGACGACAUUUUCAGCGACGUUUACAGUCAGUUCUACGAGAGAUAUCAAUUCUGUGUCAUCCACCAAUUGCCCACCACCCGAAUAUCAUUAGUCUUUUGGGAUAUGGGUGGUCCAUGCAAAUGCAGCGGGUCUCCCCUUUCAUUUCUCUAGAGUUUGCUACACAUGGCUCAUUGAGAGAUUACAUGAAAGAGCGGAAACGAUCAAUCAAGACAAAAUUGAUCCUGGUUGGGGAUGUGGCAGCAGGGUUAAUGGCAUUGCAUAAGUGUGGAAUUGUGCAUGGUGAUUUGAAGGCUGAUAAUGCGGUGGUCUUUUCUUCACUAGAUCGUCCGUCCAUGUCGAUUGCCAAAGUCUCUGACUUCGGACAUUCUAUCUUGGUGAGCUCAGCGUCAGAAGAAAAGUCGAAAUACGUUGGGACAACAUUAUAUAAUGCACCCGAGGUAGCCAAUCAAAAGAACCAGCCCAUCCCCCUUGAACAGCUUCAUAAAUGCGACAUCUGGGCUUUUGGGCUCUGCGUGUGGGAAAUUCUCGCAGAUGGAGAAAUUUAUUUCAAACACAACUGGCGAACGGAUCCCGUUUACCAUGCUCCUCCGUCCUACACCUCGCCAACUUCGCCUGUAGACCAAAAGUCCCACGAAGAAAUCCCGAUCGGAGAAGACAACGCGAAAAAAGACGAGAAUGAAGAAGAGAACGUGCUCGGUAACUUCGAUCUUCACCAUACCAAGACCCUUGCACUCGAUUUCGUGAAUAGUAUGAAUAUUCCAGGGAUUGGAUUUGAGAAAGGUUAUCUUCGCCCAUUAUUGAAUGGCACAUUGUGCAAUGAUCCCACCAAAAGAAUGUCCGACCUGAGCUGUACACCAGUCAUUGGAUUUUGGAACAAAAACUUUGGCGCUUUGUCUUUGCAAUCGAAGCUUGCCAUUUACACAUUUUCAGGAGAUAUUCGAUACUCUAUAUUCAGCAGGGACAAUGGCCCGUACAUCAUUUGGGAGCAACAGGAACAACUGUUGCAGGAUUUCGAGACCGUCGCUCAGAAAAAUGAGCCCCAGAAAAACAACGGGUCUGCUAUAUUUCAGACAAUGCUUUGUUAUGUGAAUGUUUUUGGUACAUCGAUGGACUUAUCCAAGGCUUCACAAUUUCUACACGCGGCUGAGGAAGCAAAUCAUUUGGUAGCCUGUAUUUUGGGAUGUCGAUUGCAAAAUGCAUUCUCUGGAGAUCACGUUUCUACAAAAAAGUAUAGCGAGUGCUUAGCUCUUGGCUUUAGCAAGAUUGGGCAACAUGAAAAGUCGACCGCUAUCUCAGUGCAUAAUGGCGAAUCAGUCAUGGAAUUUGCAGAUUACUCUGCUCUUAAAGACGCAAUUCUGCACGAGCGUACCUUUGCGGACGUUGAUAAAGAUGACCUUGAGAAAAUCAUCCUCACGCGAAAUGGAUCUUCACAGAGCUGGAAUGUUUUAGAGAUGGCCAUACAACAGGGAGAUAUUGAUCUUAUGGGCCGAUUACUUCCGGCUUUUAGCCAAAAACUAAAUGAACCAGGAAAGAAUGGAUGUAUUUUGGUGCAAGCAGCUCGCUGGGGCCACGGGGACAUGGUUAUCCGGCUUCUACAAGAAGGAGUAACUAUCUCGCAUAGGAGUCCAAGCUCCUAUCUUCUGCACUGGCUUUUUUGCCUUGACAAAAGUGACCUACUUGAGGUUCAGAGGCUGCUGCAAAAGAGAAUGAGCCAAAGUGAUCGGCUUUCAGCAAUCAGCUGUGCGGUCGUAGAAAAAUUUCCACUCCACCCACAAUGGCCAUUUGUGGUGCACGGCACACCACUCGCAACUGCAGUUGCCUCUGGUAGUCUCGCGGCCGUGGAAACCUUACUGAGUCUGAAAGCUGAUCCAACUGCGGCAGCUUUUGCCAGCACUGAGGAAGACGACUCGGCACCAGUGUUGACGCCAAUUCAUCUUGCUAUAUCUUAUCAUUUCCCGGAGAUGGUCAAGAGGUUGUGGUAUGCCGCAUUUGGUCAGAAAAAAAUCAAACUGAAUGGAGGAAGCCGUUCACAUAAGCUGGGUCGCUUCCCAAUCGCAUGUAGUAUUAGUCUAAGGACCAACUGCGAGCGAUUUGCGAUUCAUGGAAGUCGUCAUCGACAAGUAAUCCAGGAGACCAUUGAUCUGCUUCCAAUCGAGGCAUUCACUCAGACGUCGCCCGAGGGCAAGGAUGCGAUCACGCAAGCAAUAGACCUUGAAGAUGUCGAAGCCGUGGAGUUGAUCCUCCAAAGUCACCCGAUACUUGCUCGUAGACGACUCUGUCAGCCAGGAAAAGACGUUAUGUUCACAUACCCGUUGCAUUUUGCCGUUCAAGUAGGCUCCCUUCGGGAUAGUGAAGAAUCUGCACAGAUUGUGAGUGUUAUUAUGAAACUUGACCCAACUGCUAUCAAUAGACCGGAUAGCUCCUCAGCCAAACCAAUACAUGUUGCUGCUAUGGGGACAUCGGCCCGUAUGCUAAACACGCUUCUCGAAUAUGGCGCCAAACCUUUCGAGCUGGAUGGCCGCGGCCAAACACCACUGUUCUUCUGCAACAGUGCAAAUGUCGCGAAGGUGCUGUUGUCAAAUGGCGCAAAUAUUAACCAUAAAGAUCAAUUAGGCUUUACCCCUGUUCACGCAGCGAUAAACCAAGGCGCAAUAGAACUCUUGCAAGAACUUAUCAAUGCUGGUGCAGAAUUGAAGUACGUUGCUGGUGAGAGUGGGUCGCCACUACAUUGCGCGGUGAAGAAAAGGUCUCUUUUGAUGGUAGAGAUGCUCUUGAAGGCCGGUAUGGACGUCGAUGUGAAGGACACCAACAAUCGUACAUCAUUACUUGACGCGAUAGACACAGGCCGCUCAGAUCUGGUUUCGGUUUUGUUCGAAAACGGUGCAGAUCCCUUUAUAAUGGAUAAGAAUGGCUCAUCACCUUUCCAUAUGGCCCUGUCCUGGCCCAACGCCAGUAUCCUGAUUAAAUUUCAAAUAUCCAAAAAGCUCGAGACCCUAUCCUUUGAGACAAAAGUGGCCGCUUUAUACUUCGCAGCUGAAAACUCCGAGCCCGGGACAUUGAGAUUAUUUCUAUCAAAAGCAUUCGGACCAGUAUUACGCGAGAACAGACCUGUUUUCCUAUAUCGUCGGGAUGUAGAUAUAGCAGUCCACAAGGCGGUAUUGGCCUCUCGAGCAGAUCUACUUGGGACAUUGUUGGACUAUGGACUCAGGGUCGACCCAGAAGACGAUGACGGCAACACACCUCUUCUACUAGCUUGUUUAAUGGGUCGUAAACGACCUGGUUUUGAUCAAUACUCUCGCGCAAACGUUUGCGUCACACUCAUUAACCACGGAGCCAACAUCAAAAGCAAGAAUAAGCGAGGAAUCAACCCUUUCUCUAUCGCUCAAGCGCAUACGGAUUAUCAUGUAAUGUCGCUUCUACUCGACCAUGCUUUCAGGUUGAGUGAUCUAGAUGCGAAGUCUCGUAUGUUGGACUCGAUCAAAGGUCCCGAAAAGGACAAGCAACACUGCCAAGAGUCCCGAGAACUCAUUGGCGAUGAAACGAUUGACCUGCAGUUACUUAAACAGGCAGCGAUAAAAGAGGAAUGGAGUUUCUUCAUGGCCUGCAUCGGAGGGAACUUCGUGGGAAAGAACGAUCUGCUUCAAAUCUUCUCAAGACCACGAUCGUACCGUGGGGUCGAACCAGUCGAUAGUCUGGACGUUCUACGCUAUCAAUGUGUCCAAAGAGACCAAGAGAUCGUUCGCUAUUUACAUCAAAUAGCAACCUUGGGAGCCACUAUUGAAUCCAAGGUUCCUUUCGGAAAGCGAAAUCUGCAGACAGAAUGCUCUGAAUGUGCAGCUGGUCUGAGUGCCACUUUGUGGCCUAAGGAGGACAUGCCAGCAUCAUAG